CUCAAUGACUCUAUAGCCAACUGAUGUAACAAUGGUACUAAUACUGGGACGCAGACUGAAUAGAGAGGAGAGUGGGAUACGAGAUUCCCCUGCAACCAAGCGGAAAGUGUUUGAAAUGGACCCAAAAUCGUUGUCAGGCCCUGAGUUUUUUGACUUCUCCUCGGGAUCAUCCCAUGCUGAAAGCAUUCUCCAGAUCUUCAAUGAGUUUCGAGACAGCCGCCUAUUCACAGAUGUCAUUAUCUGUGUGGAAGGAAGGGAGUUCCCCUGCCAUCGAGCCGUUCUCUCAGCCUGCAGCAGCUACUUCAGAGCCAUGUUUUGCAAUGAUCAUAGAGAAAGCAGAGAGAUGUUAGUUGAGAUCAAUGGCAUUUUUGCUGAAGCUAUGGAUUGCUUUUUGCAGUAUGUAUACACUGGCAAGGUGAAAAUCACGACUGAGAAUGUGCAAUAUCUCUUUGAAACAUCGAGUCUCUUUCAGAUCAGUGUCUUGCGUGAUGCCUGCGCCAAGUUCCUGGAAGAACAGCUGGAUCCUUGCAAUUGCCUGGGAAUCCAGCGCUUUGCAGAUACACACUCGCUCAAGACACUCUUCACCAAGUGUAGGAAUUUUGCUCUGCAGACAUUUGAGGAUGUGUCCCAGCAUGAAGAAUUCCUCGAACUGGGGAAGGAUGAGCUUAUUGAUUACAUUUGCAGUGAUGAACUGGUGAUCAGUAAGGAGGAGAUGGUGUUUGAGGCUGUCAUGCGCUGGGUGUACCGGGCGGUUGAGUUGCGGAGGCCAGUGUUACAUGAAAUUCUGACGCAUGUCAGGCUCCCAUUGUUACACCCAAACUACUUUGUUCAGACUGUGGAAGUGGACCAGCUGAUUCAGAAUUCCCCAGAGUGCUAUCAGCUGUUGCAUGAAGCCAGACGAUACCAUAUCCUUGGAAAUGAGAUGAUGUCUCCCAGAACUAGGCCUCGCAGAUCAACUGGUUAUUCUGAAGUGAUAGUUGUUGUUGGAGGCUGUGAACGAGUUGGAGGGUUUAAUUUGCCAUAUACUGAGUGCUACGAUCCUGUAACAGGAGAGUGGAAGUCACUGGCUAAGCUUCCAGAGUUUACCAAGUCCGAGUAUGCAGUGUGUGCUCUACGGAAUGAUAUUCUUGUUUCAGGUGGAAGAAUUAAUAGCCGGGAUGUUUGGAUUUAUAACUCUCAACUUAACAUUUGGAUCAGAGUUGCCUCCUUAAAUAAAGGCAGAUGGCGUCACAAAAUGGCUGUUCUUCUUGGUAAAGUAUAUGUUGUUGGAGGAUAUGAUGGGCAGAACCGCCUCAGCAGCGUAGAGUGUUACGAUUCAUUUUCUAACCGAUGGACAGAGGUGGCUCCCCUUAAAGAAGCUGUGAGCUCUCCAGCAGUCACCAGCUGUGUGGGCAAACUCUUUGUGAUCGGAGGUGGUCCUGAUGACAACACGUGUUCUGACAAGGUUCAGUCUUAUGAUCCUGAUACUAAUUCUUGGUUGCUCCGUGCAACUAUCCCUAUCGCAAAAAGAUGUAUCACGGCUGUGUCUUUAAACAAUCUGAUCUACGUUGCUGGUGGGCUUACCAAAGCAAUAUACUGCUAUGAUCCAAUUGAGGACUACUGGAUGCACGUACAGAAUACAUUCAGCAGACAGGAAAAUUGUGGCAUGUCUGUUUGUAAUGGAAAAAUCUAUAUCCUUGGUGGAAGACGAGAAAAUGGGGAAGCCACAGACACUAUUCUUUGUUAUGACCCUGCAACGGGCAUUAUCACAGGAGUGGCAGCCAUGCCCAGGCCAGUAUCGUACCACGGCUGUGUGACCAUACAUAGAUAUAAUGAAAAAGGCUUUAAACUGUAAUUUUUUUCCUGAAAAAAAAAGAAGAUGAUGGCAUGAAUGAAUCCAGUGGUCUGCUGCAACACAGGCUUUUUAAAGAUUCCUGGAGUGGGAAAAUGCCCUUUCCCUGCCUAAGUGUCAUAUGAGAACUAUAUCCUGUGCCUUUAGAAAAAGGGUUAAUUUAACUUGCAAAAUGAGACUACAAAUCUAUGCAGUAACCAGAGUUCAGUUAUAUCUGCUGUGGCUCUGAUACAAGAGCAGUAACAGUACAUUGUACUGCUGUUCAGAAAAUUUGCCCUAUGUAUUUAAUCUUCUGUAAUGAAAAUCUUGGAAGCUUUUUGGGAAAAGUGCCUUCACAAGCAUUUGUGCCUGUGUCCUGAGAAGCUAUAUCUGCAAGGUGUAUCAGGUUCUGUUAAUUGGAAAAAUACAUAGACAAGGAAAUGUCAAAGAAUGAUCUAGGAUAAUUGCCUACAGUUAAAAGAAGGCUUACAUCAUUUGUAAUUCAUAGCACGUUAUUCUGACAAGCAGAUUGCUUGCCUCAACCAAAUGGAUUUUAUGUCAGAUCAUGCAUGGUUUGGAAUUAAAAAAGCAACUACAAAAAAAAACAACCAACCACAAAAAACAAAACGAGCUGAAAACAUUAGAAUCCUUUGGUAACACGUUUUUGUGAAGGAGGAGCUGGUUGUUCAGUGAGCUACUGCAGCACACUGCAGUGAUGACUGUACCUUAAUGCUAUGGACUUCAUAGUGUUGCUGUAUGUUCAUCAGAAGGACAAGGCUGCGUGACAUGGAAAACUAGUGACUGCUGGGGUGCAGGCAUGCAGCUGUGAAGCAGUUCUGGAAUCUCAGUUUUUAACUUUUCGAAAGUAUGCCUGGAGUCUGAAAGUUACUGGGUUGGCUCUUUGCUCAUUGUGAAGUAUUUCUAAACCAUUCAAGGAAUAAAGAAUGAUGAGCUCUGAAUUCUUCCGCUUUUCUGAAUCACCUGGUCAUAGGAGGUAGGGACUUGGGUUGCACCCUACAGCUUAUAAAUUGUUUUUUUGCAUCUCUCAUCUGCAGGUGGCAGAGUACCUACCUGCCAAGGAUUUCUUGGCCUUUGUUCAGACAAUCACUUACUCUAGCAGAGUUAAAUGACUGUAUAAGCUGCCUGGCCAUAGAUAAGAAGUUCUGGAAUGGUCUCUCCUGUCACCAGAAAAGUUAUCUGUGGGCCUGUCCAUGUAGCCCAAUGCGGAAACUCCCACAUGUUGUGGAUAACUUUGAAGCCUAGGAAGUGCCUGGGGUUUUUUGUUUUUUGUUGGUUGUUUGUUUUUGUUUUGUUUUUAAGUUAAAGGUGUUUUUUAUGUCCUCCCUGUAUUUCUAUACUAGGUCUCUUUAUUUCCAGGACACAGUUGUGUAGUUGAGGUACAAGUUCAUAAAAACUGAAAUAGCACUUGAGAAUAGGAAAAUGAAUAGGAUUGUCUGUGUACCAAUUUCCUGUUAAUCACCAAAAGCCUCAGGAACUGCCUUUCAAAGGAAUUCUGAGGACAGCAGACAGUAGGGAAGUUGGUCAGUGCCAGGGCAGAAAAAAAACCCAUAAGGCCCCUGCAGAGACAGCCCUGGCCUCAGGGUUCUGGUCUCCCUUGUUUGCUCAGGAGGGUGAAAACAAGCACCAUCUCUGGAACGUUGUUUGUUCCAUUGGACUUUCUUCAUCUGUUUUCCCAGAGUAUUUUUUCAUGAGAUGGAAAUUCUGACCCUCAGUGAAGCUAUGCCAAACUGGGAGUCAUCAUUUUCAGCAACAUAUGGUCAUGACUUUUAAAGAGCACUGGGAGCUGCACUUUGAUACAUUAACUCAUAACCUCAGGAAAAGACACAGAUUUCAGUUCCUAGCUGAAUACCAAACACUGCUUUGUAUAUGUUACACAUACUGAUAAAAUACACAUCUGUAUAUCAGUGAUGUCAUUAGGAAGUCAGUCACUGAGCAUGUACGUUCACAUUGCCCUAUGAAGAAAGUCCCUCUAAUGCUGGAUAAAUGCAUCAGAUAAAUUAAUCCUUUUCUAAGUGCCUUGUGUUUCUGCCCACCAAGUGUUACUUCAACAAGGUAAUUGCAGUACUUGUGAAUAAGGUCCCUCGAUAGCAAUGGGAAUUGGUGCAGUAACGAUGUUCUGUACUAACUCUGUACAUAACUUGUGCCAUCAGUGUAAAUGGAAUUGUAAAAAAUGAUAUGAGCACUUCAUUAGGAUGCCAUUUGGAAAAUAUUCUUCUUGCCUUUCAUUUCCUUUGUUUGUAUCAAGACUUGUAAUGUCAAUCAUCGUGCUAAACUGUUUUUAAACAUUCUUUAUUCUGUAGGCGUAGGCCAAUGUCAUUUAUGUAUAAGUAUCUUUUAAUCUGUGUUCAUAAUACUGCACUACUCUUUAAAUAACAAAGAUACUGCUUUCUGUUUUUUUUGAAGACUCAUUUUAUAGUUUAGUUAUCUUUUCUUAAUAAAUUAUGUACCAUUACUGUUAC